CACGCGGAGCCCGCGCGUCCCCAUGCACAAAUGAAAAAAAAAAAACCAAUUUGAUCGCAUGAAGAUUUGAAAAAGUCACGAUUCAGAUUUUUUCAAAGUAGAAGUAGCGUAGUGAUCUCCUUUACUUGCCUUACUGCAUAGCAUGCCUAUGAAGGUGAGCAGCACUUCUUAGUCUUACAGCUACAGAAAGAUGAAAGCCUGUGAACAACAAGAACGCAUGUUUUUUCACUUCGAGAAGAUAUCGGAUGCAGUCGUUGCUUUCUCUACUCCUACUUUCAGGGAGUGGCUGCGAUGCUUCAUUCGGUUGUGUUGAGCAAGUGUUGAUGCUUUGAAAUUCAUUUCGUAGUUCACUAUCAAAUUCUGCUCGUAGCACAGGUAGUUCUAUUGCUGCUCAUUCUUUUUUCUUUUGUGCUGCCUUUUGUGUAUAUUAAUCGACUUAUUAUUUGUUUGGAGCUAUUUUUGUUUUAUCCCCAUUUAUUUUUAACCCGCCCCACACACGCCCCCCGACAAGAUGAAGCGGCGCCCCCAGAUUGACGUCAUGGCACCUGCGAAAAAUUCGGCCCCUGCUCUCACGUAGUAGAAAAGAAAAUGACAAUUGCUGGGACCACUCGCAGCUUCAAUAUUAUUUUAGUACCUCUUAGAAGGUUUUCAACUCCCCUGAAGAUAUAAACAGAAAUUCUUCCUUCCUUCACGUGAAGUAGAGUUUCCACUUACAGUAGAAGUAUGGCACCCGACGCGAUUCACUUUACCUUUACUUCACAGUCGCAGGACAUCAAGGAGCGAGGACCAUGUAGUGCGUAUCAAUGUCCUGCAUGUUGAAUCAUACAACAGAGGAUGAACCUACUUGAAGCAAAGUGUGCGGACAAAGUAGAACAGGAAAAGCCACUCAGCGUUAAUAUGAG